GUGACUCGAGAUGUCGCGCACAACCACAACUCAGCGCAUUUUACGCACGGUGGCUGAGCACGGCGAGCCCGCGGGCACGUUACGUCAGCGCGCAGCCACGCCAGGCAUUUAAACUGUGAGUCUGCGAGGCUGCCCGCCACUAACUUUUCCCCCCCCGCUGCCGACGCCACCGCGCAACCGUCACCCGCAGUCUGCGCGUCUGUUGUGUUUGAGUUUCGCAGCAGCAGCAGCAGCAGCAUCCAGACAUGUCGUCCUACAGCAGCAGCGCGCGGUUCGACGAGGCGCGGCGGGUCGCGAUCUUCGGCGGCACGCACGGCAACGAGAUGUCCGGCGUGACGCUCGUCAACCUCUGGGUGAAGAACGGCUCCGAGAUCCAGCGGAAGAUGGUCGACACCAAGCCCUUCAUCACCAACCCGAGGGCGGUGGAGAAGUGCACCAGAUACGUGGACACCGACCUGAACCGAGCCUUCACCCCGGAAAACCUCAGUGCCCUGGGAGAGGGUGACUUGCCAUAUGAGGUGCAGAGAGCCCAGGAGAUCAACCGGAUAUUUGGGCCCAAAGGAAGCCCAGAGGCCUACGAUGUUAUCUUUGACCUCCACAACACGACGUCCAAUAUGGGCUGCACCCUGAUUCUGGAAAGCUCCAAAGACUACUUCAACCUGCAGAUGAUGAACUACAUCAAGAAAGCCAUCGAUCCAGCAAGUUGUCUUGUUCUGCUGAAUGAACAUCCUCUACUCAAAUAUUCCACCUCACGCUCUGUGGCCAAGCACCCCGUUGGUCUGGAAGUGGGCCCUCAGCCGCAAGGUGUAUUGAGGAGUAACAUCUUCGAGGCGAUGAGGGUAAUACUGAAACACGCCCUGGACUUCAUCGAACUGUUCAACGAAGGUGUGGAGUUCCCGACCUGCACAGUGGAGGUUUUCCGGGUCUUGGAAAGGAUUGACUACCCCAGAGAUGCCAACGGAAACAUCAUUGCCAUGGUGCACCCCAAUCUGCAGGACGGGGACUGGGAGCCGCUGAACCCCGGUGACCCGAUGUUCCUAACGUUUGACGGGAAGACCCUCCACUACCAAGGCUCCGGCACCAUCUAUCCCACUUUCAUAAACGAGGCGGCCUAUUAUGAAAAACAGCAGGCGUUCGUAACGACCAGGCGAGAAACCUUGGUGGCGAGCGCCAUCAGAAAAGCAUGAGGGCCGCCCCGCGAGGCUAACGGUGAUCAUGAAUACACGUUAGCUACAGUAACGACCUGUGUGUAGAUUUUUGCACUUUGUUCUGUUAGAAAUUGACAGACUCUCCUCACAUAAUGACUAGAUGCCAUCUUUUUACGCACUGAUUAAUUUUUUUUUUAUGCAUCUACCAUCAGAAAAUCGAUUAACUAUGCAAAGAAUACCUGUGGAAGCUUUGCAACGAGUCACUGUGAACGUCUCUGAUCUGACGAUUGGUGUAUUGUUGUGGUUAUUGACACGGUUCUUAAUUGAGACUAUAUUUACAUUACAUCAACUAAGUUCUUUUUUUAAAUAAUAUUAAAGGCCAGGUCUAAUCACUGAUGGAUUAUGAAUCUUUUCACGAUACUUUAAGUUUCCUACUACUGCUCAGGAAAGCUGCUGAGGAUCAUAACCUGCAACCUUUGACCCUAAACUGUAGUUGUUUGUCUUGUCUUCUGAGAAUAUAUUUGUAACAACUUUAGCAGGGUGUCUGUGGCCUUUGAUACUACCUACCUGUGACUCCAGUGGUUGCAUCCGUGGUGCUGUCCUAUCGUUGCCUUAAUGGAGAUUUUCCGAGAAAAAUUGCACAACAAAUUUGGAGUGGAAAUUUGUACAUUAUAUGUGUUGGAUAACGAGAUAUUAUUUUGAUAAGAAAACGGUAUGUGUCCUGUUCCUCCGUUAAAAUGGGAUGCAGUUUUAAAGGGGUGUUUUAUAGUAAUAUAUUUGUGCGUCAUUUGAUAUGCUUGUACUGUACAUUGGUUUUAAGUGAUGUAUCAGAAAAGUUGUUGAAUAUGUACUUUCUAAUGUUUUUACGUCUUUGUUGUGUCCAAGUUGUAUCGCUGUGGUCUUACAGUAAUUCGUUUUCAUUCAGCAAUAUAUUUUGGUAGCACCAUUUAUAUGAUUAGUCAAUCUCACUGUCCUUUAAGAAAAUCCUGUGAAAAUGAUCCGAUUAAUAAAUAUAGUACUGUGCUA